UUGCCAACCUUUUCCGCCGGUCAGUGGCCAAGUCUAUUUUUGAACGCCCUGAACGAUGUGACGGGGCGCGAUCAGACGCGAUACGAUAGCAGUAUUCUAUGGCCGGGCGUCACCGGCUCGUCAUGGGGAUCUGAAGACUCCCGGAGAUGAUGCGAGCGAGACCUUUGUCUUCGACUCUCGUCGAAUUGCAGCAGAUGGAUUGUCGCAUUUUGUUGUUUUCUUGGUGUUUGAGACGUUCGAAUUGAAAUCGCGAUCACCAAAGUGCUGAGCAUGGCGCAGGAAGACGCGAAUAAGUUAACAAGAGAAGAUUUUGAUGCUGGCCCAUGCAGUUUUGAUGAGAUCGAGCCAGGUUUGUUCCUGGGUAACCUUACAGCCGCUACAGAUGUUGACUGGCUGAAGGAAGCUGGAAUAACUCAUAUACUAACAAUAGACUCCUGUCCGUUGCCAAGAAAGAUCCAGGAACGUCUUCCGAAUUUAAUCAUAAAGUAUAUUCAAGUGACGGAUAUACCGCGAGAAGAUCUGCUAACGCACUUUGAAGACUCCUACGAGUUCAUCGACCGUGCCCUCGACUCUGAUGGCAAGGUGUUGGUGCAUUGUUACUUCGGUGUGUCACGAUCCGCUACCAUGGUGAUCGCAUACACUAUGAAGAAGCACGAGCUGAGUUUCUCGGAUGCGCUUCAGGCGGUAAAAUCGAAGCGCCGUUUCGUUUCGCCGAAUCCCGGAUUUAUGGCGCAAUUACAGCUCUAUGAGGACAUGGGUUAUGGUGUUGACAGUACGAAUGUACAAUUUAAGAUGUAUCGGUUGCAGAUCGCCGCCGACAAGGUACGAAAGGCUCGUAUUCUUCCCCAAAGCUGCGUCGACUUGGUGAAGCCAGAUCCCGCGUUGACCACUGUGCGUCCCGAGCCGUCGGUUUAUCGUUGUAAAAAAUGUCGUCGCAUCGUAGCAAGCGCCAGCAACAUUUUACCUCACGCACCGCGCGAGAAGCAGAUCUGGCGGCAUAUCAGCGUUAAAAGCGCACCGAAGGACGGCGAGAACUGUGAUAAAUUGAUCCCGAGGAGAGAGGAGCCGACGCGAGUCGAACUUUGCGACAAGAUCUACUUUGUAGAACCAUUAGCCUGGAUGCCCGAUAUUACGCACAACGUCGAGGGAAAGUUGAAUUGCCCUAAAUGUAAUACGAAACUUGGUUCAUACAGCUGGAUCGCUGGCAGCCAAUGUCCCUGCGGCAGUAAGAUUGCACCAGCUUUUUAUCUGGUACCGUCCAAGCUCGACUGGAGCAACGUUGUGCAAAACGUUCAAGUAACGGUAUAGUACUGAGAUGAAAUAAGAAGUAUACUGGAAACUAAAGCAAUCGACCUUGGAAAUUUAGGAUAAGAAUCUUAAAUUUUAUAUUUGAUGAAAUUUUCUCUUUAUAAAAAAGAGAAAAUGAGAAGUUCUUAAUAUUCCAAGGCAAUACAAAUCAUUAAAGAAUGUUGUGAAGAUAUUUGAAAAGCGUCAAAUACUUUUUAGACGUUAUAACAUUUGGAUGCCUUGUAGGAUGCCCUUCCGAUGUUUUUGAAUGUUUGUCUUGUUAAAUUAUGAUGUUAUUAUGGUCCAAGAUGGUUGAUGUAGACAUUGAUAAUAUUUAAUCCUCAGCAGGUAAUAUAAAUCUUCUCGAGCUUUUAAAUUUCAUUCCACGUAAAAUAUCGUCCAAAUUAAACAUUCAUCAAAAGCGUAAAUUUAAUCAUAUCAUUUUAUAAAUGUAAAGGUUUACAUUAUGUAUACGUUACACCUUUACACCAACAUUUUUAUACUACGAAAUCUAAAAAAAAUCUACAUAAUACUUGCUGGGGGUUGAAGAUGACGCAUUUCAAGAGUGAGAUAAAAUACGGAUCAAUAUGUACACCGGUUGACUAUAUUCUAAUCCUGUGCCAAUAUAUAUUUCGAUAUGUGUACAUAUAUACAUGUAUUUGUUACAUAUAUCUGUUGUACUUUUCUUAUUGUGUAUAUAAUCAAUGAAAAAACAUACCGCUCUCCGGUCUCAAUGUUUUUAUUGCACGACGUUGUCUUUACCUAUAUCGUUUACAUAUAUCUGUGUAACUACAAAUAGAAUGCCAUUUUCUCUGUAUAUUCUGUACUUAAAAUAUUGCGAUGUUCUAAUAUACUUCCUCAUAUAACUUAA